AUGAGCUCAUCCUCUCUUACGGGCUGGCUCUAGUAAGGUUUGUCAACUUGAUCACAGAAAGGAAGCAGAAAAUGGUCAGCAUUCCUCUGAGACAAUUAGCCAAAGAGGUGGACAUCCCCAUCUGGGUUGUGGAUCUGCGCCACGAGCUGACCCACGGGAAGCUGCCACGCCUGGCCCUCUGCCGCAAGGGCUGUGAUGUUGUGCUGGACUGGCUACGGAAGACGUAUUGGAGUCGUCAGCUGGGUAAUAACCUGUGCGAGGAAAGUGAGGAUGAGGAAGAGGAGCAAGAAGGGGUGGAAGCAGACGCGGAGUUGGAUAAUGAUGCAUGGGAGAUUCAAACCCCACAGCAUGAGGCCUGUCAGAAACACAAGGAGUUCCACGAAAAGGUCAGAGAUGUGUUGAUAUCCUACAAGAAUGAGCAGUUUCGGGUUAUGCAGACUGCACAGUCUGUUUCAAAGUCUCGAGAACUGUGGUCCGAUUCCUCUUCAGAAGUGGACUGGAUUUUGGCUCAGAUCAAAGACCUGAUGCAAGAGAACAGGGAGACAGUGGCCGAAGCUCUUCUCAGUGAUGGCUUUCUCAUCCCAAAGGUGGAUUGUCUGAAGAUGCUCAAUAUCAAGUAUGAAGCAAAUAAAGAGGUAUGGCAGUUCAAAAUUCCUCAGACAUUUUACUGCUUUUGGCAGCCUUUACUGACAGGCCUCCUUUCCCGAAGUUUUACACAGAUCCUAAUUGAGAAAAUGUUUAUGGAGUUGAAGGAAUGUUCUGACUCUACAGAACUCCGGCCUCAGUUUUUGAUCAACUGGAUUUCUGAGAUGCUGACUGGCAUUGCUAAAGUAAACGCUGGGAAGAAAAGGCAGCACUGUAACAAACAGGUGUCUGUGAAGGAGCUGUUUCUCCAUAAAGUUCCUUUGCAGUGGAUAAGACUAACCGAUAACUGCUUGGAAGCUCCCUGCUGGGCAACCCCACACCUUCUUCAGCUGAUUCUCACAAUCAUGAGACCUCGCUUGCCACGUUCUUCACGGAAGAAUCUUCUCUAUCUUGCUUCUGUUUACACAGAAGGAGGUGGCCCUUUGUCCAGUCCAGGACUCUCUUCAGACUGCAGUGAACAGCCAAUUUACACUAUAGAGAGCUUACAGUGGAGGGCCAGGCAAGAAAAUCAGGUUAAAAAUCAAGGGCAAACUGUAGAGAAACAAGAUGAUGUGCUGGAGAGAGAUGAUGGUGUAGAGGAGGUGGAGGAAGAGGAAGAAGAGAUGGUAACUGAAACAAAUCCUUUGGAAGGACUUACUCAUUCUGGGAACAUGGUGGCUAUUGCUGAGAAGAGGGCAGCACUGCAAGGGUCUGCCUGGCAGAUCACUGCAGAUGAAGUACGAUGGAAAGACUUUCCUCUUGGGAAACUCCCAGGUCAGACAGAUGACCCUGAUGGUCUCAUGUUGGAUAAUUAUUCCAUGAUGUCCCUGCUUGAUCAGCCAGUGAGAGAUGAGUGGAAGUCUCCCAACACAAACUCUGCAGAAUUGAAUAUUCCUGUGACAGGAGGAUUGUUAUGGACCCAGAAUGACUUCCAUAAGAUAAAAAGUGGCCUUCAACUUUUCUAGGACAGCUCUGCAGCUUUCUGUAUCACACAAGAUAAGUGGCACGGAAGAACUAGUAAUGGUGAUAGGGAAAUAGCCACUCUAGGAUUUUUGCUUGUUUGUUUGUGAAGAUUUACUGAUUUUUACCGUGUAAAAUCAGUAUUUUAUAAAGGUGGUGUUUUUUAAGUUUCAUGUGUAGUAAACCAUUGUCUUGCUUAACCACUAUCAGGAACUUCUAGCUCUAGUUGAUGUUUGCCAAAUACAGUGAGAGUACUUCGGAAUCCCGUGGUGUUCCAUGAUAUUUUUUUUGAGGCUAAUAAAUACAACCAGCUGAAGGCAAACCUUCUUUCUGGAUCCUGUUUUUUCUUUUUUACUCAGGUAUUCUGGAAGGUGUCCUCUGGUCCCCACUGGCCAGACUCUUGAGCUUUUCCUGUUUCGGUGACAGUCCUGUGUGAGUUUGCAUGAUUUUGCCAGGAAGAGACUGUGCUACAAUUUUCAUCUAGCUAGGAUUCACAGGAAGCUUCAGGGGUUAAGACUAGUUACAGCGUGGCUGAAUGCACUGUAGUGCUUAAAUAUCCUCAAAUUUAUUUUCUCAGUUUUCUUCAAGUCAUAAUCUUGAGGCCACUACUGUCUCUUAAAUUAAAGUUUUCUGCUUGAUGAUAUUUCUAUUUAGGAUUUUGCUAAGGUUGGUAGCUAAUACUGUGGUCUCUGCUGAGAGCUAGUGCAAUUAUUGUAGAAAUGGUCCUGGGUACCUUGUUGGAAGGUUGUUGAGAAAAAGCACUUCCAGCUACUUUUUCCUAAAUUCAGUUUUCUUUACCUGUAUUGAAGGUUUUGGAACUUAGAGGCUUCUGCAAUUACCUGUCGAAAGAGUUUAAGCAUAUAUUUAUUGCAGGAUUCUUCAGUAAGAAUUUUUGGGAGUGUAUCUACUAGUGGGUAAGACAGAGCCUUUCUCCAGGUCAGUAACAAUUUGCACUAUAUACAAACUAAACAGAAACAGGAACAUGUCAGUGCAGCAUUGUGAAAUGGAAUCUUCUUAGUUCUGUAGAGCUGCUGCUGGUGUUACGUGCUGAUGUUCUGUAGAAAGAUACACAAACGGACAUAACGACUUCAGCAGAGCAUUGGAUAGGAUUGAACUGCAAGUUUAGAACGACGACUUGGAUGCUUUGGGCUGGCUCUCAGGUAAAGGGUUAGCUCAGUGUCGAUGGUGUCGGUAUUGUUUCUUAGUUCUAAUUUUUUGUCCCUGUUCUACUGCAGUUACCCUCUACCAGAGAGCCAAAAGUUGUGUAAAACUGAAGAUUCCGUGUACAUUUCCUUCGCUAAUGCAAAAGAAAACAAACUUCUCUGUUAGGAGGGACUUUUCAUGUAAACCAUUCCUCUUUCUAGUAUCUUUAGAAAUUUCUCCUUUUACCCAGCAGUUCCUCAAGCUUAUUAAGGAAAGUUUGAGUGAAGAGGAUUUGUUAUUACUGAAUUUCACAGAGUGUAAAAUUACUUAAAUUAUUAUUUGGUACUUCUGAGGUCUAUCAGUGCAAACAAGAACAGUUCAAAAACCAAAGUGUAUGCUGGAAAAUACUGUGCUCUAUGUCACCUUUUGCCCUUUGGUAAAGGUUUACUUGGUAAAAUUACAUGCUACUGUAGCUUCUUUGUCAGCUGUGGUUACUGCCCUGCCUAUCUGCCAUUAACCCAUCCACUGAAUUAUAGGAUGAAAAUCCUGGUCUUUGAUCUAACUGCAGUCAAAUAAAAUAGUUAAAUCCAGUGCUGUGGAUGAUGUAGAAAAGCACAAAACUGCCAGAUGCUUUAAAAAAAA